AUGCGCUGGGUUCUCGGGCUUUUGACGGCGGCUCUGCCGGCCCUCGUCACCUCCAAGGCGCCUACCGAUUCGACUCAGGAAGUCGACGUUUCGCAGUCCGGCUAUCUGCCCAACCACAACCUGAACCCCAACACCGUCACCUCGGGCUUCCGCAACCUCUGGGAAUGGCAGGCCGAAGACACCCAGGAGCUGUUCCUCGCGAAACCCCUCGUCUACACGCCUCCUGGCGGCUCCGAGUUGCUCAUCACCUCUUCUGAAAAGAACAAUGUCCGCAUCUUCGACGCCAAGACCGGCUCCCUAAUCCGCAUACGACAGCUGCAGGCUCCCUUCAACCGUGACGAUGCGAACUGCGGUGACAUUCCCAACUGGAUCGGCAUUACUGGCACUCCCAUCAUUGACACCGCUACCGGCAUUAUGUACGUCUUCUCAAAGGGCUACCGCGAUGGUUUCACCUCGGGACAGAUCAACGGCGUCUACAAGAUGUAUGCUCUGCAGUUGCCCUCCCUUGAGGACGUUCCGGGAUUUCCCACCUUGAUCGAUGGCGCCAAUGCCGACAAUGAUCCCGCCCGUUACAUUAUUGGCGGCGUCGCCCUCCAGCGACCUGCUCUGUCCGACGUGAACGGUCACAUUGUUGCUGGUUUCGGCUCCCACUGCGGCCGCGGCAACUACACGGGAUACCUGGUUGCCGUGAGCAAGCAGCCCGGCGUUGGCGUCACCAGCAUGUGGGCCACCGAGUCCGCCCCCGGCGCCCCGACCCCCCAGCCGCUCGAUAUUACCGUCGAGAAUGGAGGCAAGGCUGGCAUUUGGCAGGGCGGCGUCGGCCACGCCGUCAUUGGCAGCUCCGUAUUCUUUGUUGCUGCCAACGGCCAGGGCAAGCACAACGGCAACGUUCCCGCCAGCGGCCGCUCGCCGUGCUCGACCCUAUCCCACUCCACCGUCAGGAUGGAGCUCUCGCCCGAGGGCAAAUGGCGCCAGGUCGACUAUUUUCAACCCUAUGACUACUCCGGUCUCAAUGCGGGCGACCGCGACGUCGGCUCUUCGGGUCUGGCGCUCUUGGAUGGGUCUGUGUUCAGGGGUGCUGGCGUGGAUCGCAUGGGCAUCAUUGCCGGCAAAGAGGGUCGCGCUUAUCUUCUCAACGUCAACGAUCUCGGUGGCUUCCGUAACGGCCCCGGCGCUGGCGACAACACCAUCCAGACCAUUGAGCUCGGCGGUGCUGUCUAUGGUGCGUUUGGCAGUUAUCCUCACGAAGGCGGUUACAUAUACUCCGCGACCAUUGGUGGGCCAAUGAAGGCCUUUCGCCUGGGCCAUGACGCUGCUGGCAAGCCUGUCUUCUCGCUAGCUGGUCAGUCCGCCUGGACCGCUACUGCUUCACGAAUCGGCCUGGGCCAGGUGACCGUGACAUCGGACAACGGCCAGCCCGGUACUGGAAUUGUCUGGGUGACCGACAUGACUCUCGGUCUCGUCGCGUUCCGCGCCAUCCCUGAGAACGGUGUUCUCGUUCCGAUUCAGCUGCCCUCCGGUCUUCGUGGUGCCAACAAGUUUCAGCGUCCCGUCUUCGGUGAUGGCCGCGUGUAUUAUCAAGCCACAACGAACAGGCUCUACUGCCUCGGAACAUCCGUUAACCAGGCCAUUACCUGUUCUGACGUCGAUUUCGGCACUGUUGAGCUCGGCUCGGCCACUUCCGCCACUGUCAGCUGCACAGCCCAGACGUCUGUGACAACCAUCACGGGGUGUUCUGUGUCCAGCCCCUCUUUCAUCUGCAACAACUCAACGCUUCCCAAGGGCGCUAUCUCGGCUGGCACAUCCUUCACGUUCGGCGUCACCUGGGAUCUUGAAAAUAACGCGGCCGGCGUUUUCCCGGGCUACGUGAGCGGAUCUCUGACACUCGGAGUGACUGCACCCGCCCAAUUUGCUGCCGUGUCCAUCAUCUCGCUCGAGGGCACAGUAGUCAACCGAGGCCCGUUCCUGCACUCUCCCUCGACCAGCGUGCCCCUGGGCACCGUUGUCCUUCGCCAGGAUGGUCUGACUACCCUUUCUGCCUCUGCCGUCCUCGCCAAUGUCGGCAACAGCAGCCUGACAAUCGAAGGGCUGGCCUUCCAGACUGCCGGGGGCGCAUAUAACAAUGUCAGCGGACCCUCUGAUCUCGGCUCUGGUUUCUCUUCAACUGCUUUCCCCGUGAUCGGAUCCAAGAUUGACGCUGGCGCUGAGACUUCGCUUGGUUUCCUCUUCGAUGCCGGUGCAGUCAACUUGGAAGUAGGCGCCUACACCUCCACUGUCACCGUCUGGUCUGACGGUGGUGUCCUGACCUUUGAGCUCACGGCCACCGUCGCGAGCCCGCCAGUGGUAGCGUUCGAAGUGGCGGACGGCCAAGGUGGUUGGAACUCUCUGUCGCCUCACUAUACCGUGCCUUUUGGCGAUGUCACCACUGGUGGCUCCGCCGAGAUCCAUAUUCGCGUCUGCAACCGUGGCGGCUCGCCCAUGACUGUGACGAUUUCGAAGGCCCCCGAUAGCGAGCAGCUUCGAGCCCUGAACCCCGAUCACGAGCUUGGUGAGGGCCUUCAGAUUAGGGCCGAUGACUGCGCCAUUGGUACAGUUGGCGUUCGUGCUGGGCCCAUCCAACCUAAUACACCUGCACUGAACAUUCGGGGCACAUGGACCCUGACGACGAACGGACUUGACCCAAACACUGGCGAGGAUGCGGGUCUCAAGGACAUUCUCUUCACGGCUCGCAUCGUGCCCCGUCAACUCGGCCCCGUCCUGGAAAACGGCGAGGCUCGUUACCAAUACGUCGGCUGUUUUGCUGACACUCGCAUGGGCCGCAACCUGCAGACCCAGGUCAACAACGGAGCGCAGCAGUUGACCAAUACCAUUCAGCAGUGCACACAGCUCUGCCGCGACCGCGGCUUCAUCUUCUCCGGUAUGCAGUACCGCCGCGAGUGCUGGUGCGGUGGACCGCCCCAAAACAUCAGGUAUCCCCAGACAUACACCGACCCUGCCGAGAACCGAUGCACGUUUGGAUGCAUGGGCGACGAGACGCAGGCUUGCGGUGGUGAUGGCGGCCACAUGAGUCUGUACGCUGAUGUUACUGCCUUUGACAUUGCUGCUUUCCUCGAGUCCAUCGGUCAGGGCACUACACCUGGCACUACCACGACGACUGUCGCCACCACCACGGCUGUCACGACGGCUGUCACGACAGCUGCCACCUCGACUACCGUCGUGACGACCUCGACCUCUGUCGUGGUUACUAGCGCCGCCACUUCGGGUGAGCCCGAGUCCUCGGCUGAGCCUGUUUCGUCUGCCGCACCGGACACUACCACUAGCUCCGCCGCCACCCCUACCGGGGCCUCGCCUCAAAACCCCAACCAGCCCGCUCUCGUGAACAAUGAGUGGGAGUACGCAGGCUGCUUUAGCGACCUGGUCAAUAACGUUCGUACGCUCGGUGCAUCCCAGACAGCGUCCGACGACAUGACUCUGGAGAAAUGCGGUGCUUUCUGCAGCGGCAACGGAAACCCACACAACUACUUCGGUCUCACGUAUGGCAGGGAGUGCUUCUGUGGCUGGACUCUCGAUGAAGCUGCACUCCGCGCCCCCGAAUCUGACUGUUCCAGUGCUUGCAUUGGGUCCUCCACCGGUCUUUGCGGUGGCUGGCGCAAGCUGUCCGUCUUCCGCAAUAUCGAGGUCCACACGCCGCCAGCGGGCCCUGAGCACGUUCAGCAGGUUCUCGACUACCAAUGGGAAGGUUGCCAGACCGAGGCUACGACUGGCCGCGCCCUUUCAGGCAAGAGCUUUGCCUCCGAUACCCUGUCUGUCGAUUCUUGCGCAGCAUUCUGCGCGGUUGACAACUUCCUGUACAUGGGUGUUGAGUACGGGCGUGAGUGCUACUGCGGAAACACGAUUAACGCUGGCUCCGUCCCCGCCGCCGUCACGCAGUGCAGCACUCUAUGCAAGGGCAAUAGCCUGCAAUACUGUGGUGCUGGUAGCCGCUUGGACCUCUACCGUCUUGAGCCCGGCUCCGGCUCGUCAUCCACCGCCGUCGCAUCUCCAACAACCGUUCCAGCGACUUCUGAGCCACCUAGCGUCCCGUCAACAACUGAGGUCGCCUCGACUGUGACCUCUAAUGUCAUCUCUAGCGAAGCUCCUGUGUCCAGUGCUGAGCCCACAUCAUCAGAGCUGCCAGUCUCCUCGGAGGAACCCAUCUCCGCAGAGCCGUCAGUGACAUCCAUCGCCGCUGUUUCAUCUGACACGCCCUCUUCUUCGGAAGUUGCUGCCUCCUCUGUGGCGGCAGUCUCUUCCGAGGCUCCUGCUUCUUCCCAGGUGCCUACCUCUUCCGCUGCCGUCUCGAGCCUCGAGGCUAUCUCAAGCAUCGAACCUUCGGCUAGCUCCGAACCUGUUUCGUCCGAAGCGUCCGCCCCUUCCCAGGUUGUCAGCUCGGUUGAAGAAUCAAGCACUGUUCAGUCUAGCAUUCCCGAAUCUAGCAUCAUCGCCAAAUCGAGCACUGUUGUCGACGUCCCUACCUCGUCCUUCCUCAGCGUUCCCAGCGUCUCCGCUUCGACUUCAGCUUCCAGCCUCUUCACUAGUACGAUCGAAAGCUCGUCUUCCGGCCCUACGGCAACCCCCACCAACGGCUACUAUUACGUUGGCUGCUUCCAGGACACUAGUUCUGGCCAUGCCCUGCCUCACCUGCUAUCCAACCGCAGCGUCACGCCCGAACUCUGCUUCGACUUCGCACGCCAACGUGCCUCCAAUGCCCCAACUCCCACUGCCGCGCCGGCCUACGUCUUCAUCGAGUACCAUCACGAGUGCUACGCUGGCAAUACUUUUGACUUCAAGGGCAGUGCAGUCACGUCUCUUAUCGGCACCCGCGCCUGCACAAACUACUGCUACGGCAGCGUGCUGACCUACACGACGAGUGGCACCACCACCGUGACAACCAAGACGGACAACCGUUGUGGUGGGCCGAAGAUGUUCGAUCUGUACGCAACGACGCUUCCCGUAGACUUCCCUACAACGGGCGGCCCAUUAACAACAAAAGUAACGGGUACGCCGAGGCCAUAG